UCAUCCCCCUUUAAAAAAAUAUUUUAGUCUCUUUAUUUUUAACCGGUAAAGCAAGAAACAGGCAUACUCAGGAUAACGAAGCAUCAAUCAGUCUCCGCUCCGGAAAAAGAUCAGACUAAUAAAAAAAAUAGGUUAAAUAUUUUGGUUAAGUGAUCUAUAUCUGUUCUAUAAAAGUAUUAUUUUGACUCAGUGACAUCUUAAUCUAUUUUCUCCGGUUUUUCAUGUUUUUCGUUUGUUUGUAAGGGCGAAUGCUAGAUAUCGUGACUUCAACGCAACGUUUUCUCAGUUUAACAAACCUUGAAUUGCGGGGCAAUAUCGCGAGGUGAUAACUGGUAACUUAAUAAAUGCAGUAACAUUGUUUGGGCUGAUAUUUUUUCACCCUUAAUUAGAAUAGUUACAUGUGAUCAAGAAUAGUCCAACCUGUAUACAAUGUUUUAUUUGCUAGUCAGUUGUAAAGAACAAUUAUGUUUUUCAUGCGCGCCUGGUUGUAAAGAAUAAUAAAGUUUCUUAUGCCUGCUUGGUUGUGAGUUUAACUGAAACACACGGGAAGUUUAAACUUCCCGUGUGUUUCAGUUUUUAAAAAAAAAAACUGUUAGGUUACGUUUAUUUGAUGCUUUGUGAAAAAAGCAUGAAAGAAGCAUAUUUUAGAGAAUUAGGAUAACAGUAUCCUUGAAUAAAAAAAAUUUAGUGCCUUUUCAUAUCGAUUGAGGAAAACUGCAACUAGUUUGACAUGAUAACGAUAUGAAAUGCUCUUUUGUUAGGGAUCGAGCGGAUUGAUGAAAGCGCACUCGUUUCAGUUAAAGAAAAAGGGAGGUGACCUGGCUUCUCUUCCUUUGACAGAUCUCUUAUAAAUCUAAUUUCCUGCCAGAAAAAGCAAUUUGGGAAUUUUACAAUAUUUUUCAUGCCUUUUCGGUGAAGCUCCCUUUGACUGCCGACAACGCUGUUACGCAAGGCUCUGAAAGCCGGGGUUAAAAAAUAAACAAAUGAAUUUUAUCAGGAGCCCAUCAUCAUCUCGGCUAAACAUUUUUACGAAAGAUUUUCUCGCUGCUUUAGCCAUAUUACCAAGCUUUACGCUGCGUGUCCCCGCUUGGAAAAUAACUUUGUUAACGUUGUGUCAAACAGGUGACCGCCAGAGCGGGUGUGGGACAGAAGCCUUCAUACAACCAAGAUUGAAACUUUUUCCUGACCUCGUGGCUAUCUGAAAACAAUUUUGCCUGAGCUAGGCAAAAACGAUCAUGUGGGACUCACCCCGCUUCCUGUUCCGUUGGGAAUUACACGUUAAAGGUUCUUCAUUAGGCAAUACAAAGUCUUUUUGUGUAUAUUUUCAAUCUUUUCAAAUCUUCGUAGAUUUUCAGAAUCACAGUUUUUUUGGUCUCGCUAGGGAAUAAAUGGAUCGAAAACCACGAUAAAUCUUUCUCGAGUCCCUCAUGCAAAUGAGAAAUAAACCAAGGAUCUUGUCCCAGGCCUGUCAUCUGUUGUCGUAGAUUUCUAUGCAAAGACUUACAUUAGCAGCAUUUUCACUGACUUCACUUAGUACACCUCUCCCAGACAUGACCGUGAGUUAAAUAUUUGAGAAGGGCUUCAAAUUGCCCAAAAUUUUAAUGGCAAACUUAAGAGAUACCCAAUUCCAGGCCAGAAUGUUAUAGAAUCUUAUUUCAAAAUGAAACUGUUUCAAAAUCAUACCCUUUGACGCAGCACCUACACUGGUAGAUUAUAUAAGGGCGUUAUCUCACUUGGGCCCCUGACUUGGCCUGUGAGUAGCGUCAUGUUCUACCGUUACGUUCAUCAAGUUCAAGGACUAUUGGUAAACAUGGUAAACCUUCCCGAUAAACAUGGUCCCGACGGUCUACAAGUUGCUCAAAAUUAGCACACGUACCUAAGGCACCCAUUCGUAGGCACAAAAACAAAACGCUAUUUUUACGCAAAUUUAGCAGGCCUUCAUGAAAUCCUAUACGUUUCUGCUCUGUUUUGCACGUCAUCAUGUUCUUGAGGAAGUUGCUUGAUAAGAGGUCGUGAUAUACCGUUUCACGUUCUUUCAAGGAUUUCCUUUCACGUACGACGCACUAAUCACACUUCACCUAUAGCCCUGCAGCCAGGAACUUGUAAGAGGAUACUAUCUCACCGAAACUGAGACUUGGUCGCUUGGUUCAAAUGACGAAAAAACACUGCUAUAUGUCUGACUAUAAAUAGGCUUUUAGUGAGGCAUUCCGGCACUGUUCAGUAAGGACCCUGUUCCAUGCACGAACUACUUGAAUUAUAUGAGUAGUAAACACGGAUUAGUUUAGAAUUAGCUAGCAAAAUAUCCGGCUUUGAAAGACUUGAAAGAUGAGUGGUCUUGGAGCAAAUUUCACCUGGUUGACCGAGAAAAAAGAAAAAAUGAAAGAAGAGAGAAAAUGGAGGGUAGAGAGUGAACGAACGAACGAACGAACGAACGAACGAACGAACGAACUAAUACAUGAAAGGAUAGGUGUCGUACAUUGGUGUGAUGCCAUCAUGAAGGGGUACUUGAAGUGAUACGUGUACUUCUGUGGGUCAACCUGUCCAGGUUUUUUUUUGUCAUUUGUUUUGAAUGCUACUUGUGAGGAAUCAUUCGGCUUUGUCCUUUACGUAGAAGAAAAGAAAUCACAUCAGGGUAGGGUGAUGUAUUGUCUUUAAAAUUAGUAUCACAUCAAAAAUAGACAUAUGGACAGAGUUGUUCAAAGGAUGCUGAUGUUAAUAAACUCAAUCCGGCAGACGAAUCACCAUAGCUUAACUGAAGAUUUACAUGGCAAAUAAAGUAUGUAUGACAAAUAUUUAUAACAGAUCCUUAUUCCCCAGGGGCCCUAUGGAUACCAGCCUCGUUGCUGAAUGGGCUACCCUGGUUAAAUAAAGUUACUUACUCACGCUGCACUUUCGUCUGGGAAUGAUUUAAACCGUAUAUAUCGUUAUCCAUGCUUUGAACAGCCAGGGCCAGGUAUUUUCAAUAUAGCCUGUUGAGGUUACAACUUUGAGGGGGGAGGGGGGCGUUUCUUUCGGAAGUUAGGGUAAACGAAAAUAAAAACCGUGUCUUCAACGAGUUUCAGUUUUUGUACCUUUUCGUGUGUCCUGUUAUGCUAACCUGUUCCUCGACUUUAUAAAAACUGGUGGCCGACGCGUGGAAGGAGCAAAUGAUACCAGAAACACAGGCCCAAGAACAUAACCAACAAAAAACAGUGCAUAAUUAAUUGCUGUUUUGACAUGUGCGCGGCGUCCCGGCCUCUGUUAGUUCUUCUGUUUAGUAUCGGUAUACAAUCGUUGGGUAUUCGUGAGUAAUCGGGAACAUUCGGGCUAUCGAUUUGUUCUCGGACAACAACAAAGUUUGUAGUGCACACCUCCCGCCUCCAGUGAGCUCUUCGCUCCCUUUUCCUUUCGGCACAAAAUGGCAUUGAGGAGAAAUGCAAGCAAAUACGGUGCGUCAUCUUCGCACGCGGACGAAGAUACUCUGCCGACAGAAACUCAAACCAGUUUCUUCCAAAAAGGACGCGAGUUCGAAAGUCGCUAUGUAAAUCAUCAUUACACGGAAGAAGAGAGGGAAAAGCUCGGUACAUUCGAGAGUGUGGACUAUCUGCCUCCUCACAGUGCUGUUUACAAGAACUGGCUCAAGCAGCAGCCAUCACGACUGGAUUGGGAUCGAUGGGUAAUGAUGGGCAUGAUAGGAUUCUCUGUUGGAUUCAUUGGCUUCCUUAUGCAUCAACUUAUUGAUGUUAUAGCAGAGGUGAAGUGGGAUAAGGCUUCUGAGUUUAUUGAGGAUCGGGACUAUGGUUUGGCUUGGGUCUGGGUUAUUGGAUACAGUGUUUUAUUUGUCAUAGCCAGUUCUGUUCCAAUUGUGUACUAUCGGCCUUCAGCUGGAGGUUCUGGUAUUCCUGAACUAAUUGGUUUUUUGAAUGGAACUGUGGUGCGGCAUAUAUUUAAUUUCAAGACUAUGUUAGUCAAGUUCUUUUCCUGUGUAUGUGCAGUUGGUGCGGGACUUCCUAUUGGUCCAGAAGGUCCCAUGAUUCAUCUUGGGAGCUUAGUUGGUGCAGGCCUCAGUCAGUUUAAAUCACAGACUCUUAAUUUCAAACUGCCAUUCUUUGAGAGGUUCCGUAACACAGAAGACAGACGUAACUUCAUUUCUGCUGGUGCUGCAGCAGGCGUGGCUUCAGCUUUUGGAGCACCAGUGGGUGGACUGUUGUUCUCUAUGGAAGAGGUGUCAUCAUUUUGGAACAUGAAAUUAUCAUGGCAAACAUUCUUUGCUUGCAUGGUAUCAACAUUUACUACAGACUUGUUUAAUUCAGCUUUUGAAGGGUUCAAGUAUCAAGGAGAUUUUGGCAUGUUUAAAGCUGAAAAGAACAUUUUGUUUCAAAUUAGUCAUGGUAUUGGUUUAAACCUUCUGGCAUUUAUACCAACUGUUAUUCUUGGAGUAAUUGGUGGCUUGUUAGGUGCUAUGUUCACCUUUCUUAAUUUAAAGAUUGCAAGAUUUCGAAGAUCCCAAGUUGCCAAGAUUAAGUCCAAACAGUGGAAGAACAUUGCUAAGCUAUCUGAACCAAUUCUAAUCAUGAUUAUUACAGGUACAGCAUCUGUAUUUCUACCUGCAGCAUUUCCAUGUACCUUAUUUCAGUGUUCCGUUACAGCGGGGGGAAACAGUGACAAGUGUUUGACAGCCAGCCAGCAUCCCUUGCACACCGAAAGAGAUGUGAGAAACUACACUUGCCCUGGAGACACAACAAUCAUCAAUGGAACUGUGUUUACAAAUGCUUCCUUUAAUGAAGUGGCCACUCUUCUAUUUAUCACAGGAGAGAAAGCUAUUCAUCACUUGUUCUCUAGAGAUACACCUUAUCAACUGGGAUAUGCGUCUCUGUGUUCAGUAUUAGUGAUAUACUUCCUCCUUGCUUGUUGGUCAGCUGGAAGUGCUAUUUCUAGUGGUUUGGUUGUUCCUAUGUUAUUUAUUGGUGGAACGUAUGGCCGUAUCAUUGGACGAGCCAUGGUAGAUUUAUUUGGUGUUCACUCCUCAGGUUACUGGGCGUGGAUGGACCCAGGAGCUUUUGCUCUCAUAGGGGCAGCAUCAUUCUUUGGUGGUGUAUCAAGGCUAACUAUGUCAUUAACGGUGAUUAUGAUGGAGAUUACAAAUGACAUUCAGUUUUUACUACCGAUCAUGGUCGCCAUUAUGGUAGCCAAGUGGGUCGGCGACUUUGCCACGCAUCCCUUGUACCAUGCAUUACUGGAAUUGAAGUGCAUUCCCUUCCUUGACUCUGAACCUGUUAUACUGCACGAGGGAUCAAAAGCGAUUAACUUAGAGUUGUUUAGAGCUGGAGACGCCAUGUCCUCACCUGCUAUUGUGGUACACAAAAUAGAAUCUGUGGAGCGUCUCACUCGUAUGUUGUUGGACACACCUCAUGGUGGGUACCCUGUGGUCACCAAGACGGACGUAGGGUACGAGGUGUUCUCAGGAUUGAUUUCCAGAAAUGACAUGAUGGUGCUUUUGUCUCGUGAAGACAUCUUUUCCUCUCGUGAGAAUCUCUCACUUCACGAGGAAGAACUGGAUGUGAACAGGCUGGAUUACUACCAGAUGCACCAAGGGUACGUCCGUGAUGCGGAGCGACUUAACGCUCAGCUGGAGCGUUAUGCAGCAGAUUCGCGUUACCAGGAGAUGUACAUUGAUCUGUCUCCUUAUGUGAACCACUCGGCUCCUACAGUUCAAGAGACGUUCUCUCUUCACCGAACCUACAUUAUAUUCAGGACACUAGGACUGAGGCAUUUGACUGUAGUGGACAAGAAAAACAGGGUCAAGGGCAUUAUUACCCGCAAAGACCUCAUGGGAUUCCAAAUAGAGGAGCGCAUCCACAGUGUACUCCAUGACUCGCCCAAGGCCCAGGAAAUGCAGUCUCCGUCAGCUCACCGGCAGAGUGUGGAGGCAUGAACUGAGUGAGAUUCGUUUCAAGUAAUGGUGCUUCCCAAAUCGAUGUAUAAAUUAGGGAAAGUUAAUACCAAGCUGUUAUGAAGAAUCAUUUUGUAAUCUAGCCAACUGAGCUAGGCAUCGUAACAAUUUAAUACACAAAAGACCACCCUUAUCCUGAAUUACACACAGCAGCAAAAAAAAUAUAGUGAGAUUUUAUUUUAUAAGAAGCGAAUACAGUAGAUUUAUUGGAAAAUAUUGUCAUUAAAGUUUUUUAGAGAAAUUAAGUCAAAUAUGUUUAGGAGUUGCUUAGUUCGCGGUAGAAUUAAUGCAGCCCUUUUUUAGACGGAUUCGGCUAACGUGUUUAGAUCCUUGUUGCCACCCAACAAGCCACGUUUCACAUAUUAAUAUUCUUACAUGGCUCCGAGGCUUUCAGGACAAACUUUUCUAUUUGGUUUUAUUUUCUUUGUAUCCAAGUCUCUUUUGGGAACUGAGAGAGAAAAGAAACUUUAAAAAAUUACAGUUUUCACCCGAAAGCCUCAGAGCCAUAGUAGAAUAUUGAUAUACUGAACGUGGCCUAUUCGGAUCACGUGAUGAUUAAUUUGAAAAGUUACAAUUGUUCUGUUUGCACAUACUCCCAUGCAAUCAGUUGCGUGUGACAAAUUGCACAAUUGUAGCCUCCCAAAUGAAUCUCGCGUUGUCUGAACUGGGUAGCAACAGGGAUGUAGACACGAUAGCCGAAUCCGUAUAUUGAUUUUAUGCCCGAGUCAGGGAGCAGACUCCAUCAAACAUGAUGCAAUUAUGCAUGAAUCAGUGUACUUUUAUAACGAUAUUUUGAAUAAUAAUAAUAAGAAUGAUUUGUUAUCAAUAUCACCUCAGUGGAUUAAAUAAAAAAAAAUUAAGAGUA